CAUCAGCUCAGUCAUCAUCACCAACUACUGCCAAAGCCCUCAGAUCUCAAAGUCAAUGCACACAGGUUGACCAGAGCUUCAAAAGAAGAUGAAGGUGCUGAAGGUGUGUUCACAUUCCAGGGAUGCAUUAUGGAUGUGUGUAAACAGGCUGUGAAUGGUAGGACAGCUGUUGAUGAACUGUUGCUAUGGCCUCGGGAGAUAAGCGUGAAAAUUCCUAAGACUUGCCAUUCAGAGGGACACGCACUUUACGCAUCACACCACUUUAAUUACUUCACUUUAGAUGUACAUUCACAGAGGAGUAAGAAUCAAAGAGGAUCAUUUGUGUCUAACAGGAGAACUGAACUAGACAUUUCUGAAGAAAACGUGAGUGGUGCUUGCCUGUGAUGGAGUUCGCCUGACAGCUUUAUUCAAAUGUUAAUCCAUUGCUAAGAGAACCAAUGUCCUCCAAAGCCCAGAUGAACACCACCUCAAUCCCCAAUGUGACAGACCCCCCUUCUGUCUACCCCAGUGAGGCGAUGCGCAUCCUGCAGAUGAUCGUGACGCUGCUAAUCUUCUUCGUGGGUGUGUUUCUAAACAGUCUGGUGGUCUGGGUGCUGGGGGUUCGAGCUCGCCACCAGAACAGGGGAGCAACUAGCGAGACGCAGGGAGCUGGAAGCUUUCGGACAUAUGUAGUAAACCUUGCACUCGCUGAUUUGGUGCUGUUGCUACGUACUCCGCUAAUGCUAUCCUACUUGGUGCACAACUUCAACUGGACAUUGGGGGAACCAGUAUGCAAGCUGAUUAUGUUCUUACGCUGCCUUGGAUUGUAUGCAAGUGCAUUCUUGCUGUGCGCUGUCGCAGUGGAGCGCUGCUUGUGUCUUCUCAGACCUGUCUGGGCUCGACUGAGGCGCCCACGCUGGGCUGUGUUACUAGCCUGUGCUGCAAUCUGGGUGUUAGCUGCAGUCCUGGCUUUGCCCUACAUAUAUGCAGCUAAACUCUAUGUAUAUGAGAACCGCACCGCCUGCAUAGAAAGUGAUUUAGGAGCUGGACAAGCCUUGGUUGUGGUGGAGACCAUGGCAGGCUUCUUGCUACCUCUGGUGAUCUUUUUGUCCUGCAAUAUUGCGGUGUUGUUUUGCGCAAAGAAGACUGAAACUGGAGCUGCUACAUCCCCGGUGUCAUCUCCUACCACUUCAUCUGGACCAGGUUACACAUCCCAACGGCUAACACGCCUGUACCGGGUACUGUUCCUCACCAUGCUCCUUUUCCUUACCUGCUGGGUGCCGUACUUCACCUGCCGCUUCCUAAAGGCUCUUUCACAUAACGGUUCAAACUGGAAGAAGCUGAACAAGGGGGCAAUUGGGGGUGCGUACGUGGCACUAUUUCUGGUUUACAUCAAGAGUGUGCUAAACCCCAUUCUGUAUGUGUUUGCAGCUCGAGGACUAGGCAGCACCGUUCGCGCCUCACUUCUAUCGACAAUCGAGCGAGUCUUCAAUGAUGAAAUGUCAGAAUCUUUACGAAGAAAGUCCUUACGGAGAAGAGACUCCCAGUUGUAGGGGGUUCUUUAAGUGGUUUACUGUAAAUAUCUGAUCUGCUACCAGGUCAACAUUACAGUAAGUCAAGUUGGACUAGAAGAUCUGCUUGUUGGCUCAGCAUCUGGACAGCUUUGAUGGAAAUUGCCUAGCUGAUCAUAUUAACAAUGGGCAGGGAUAGAACACAUGGUGUAGUGUGAUCUACUUCACAUCACAUAAAAGAGACUGGGACAUUUUACAACCAUUCAAUGGACAUACAGUAUUUUGGAGUCUUGAUAGGCUUUUUAUUCUUAAUGCAAUUAUUCUGCCUUUGCAUAUUAGGACCUAACUGCAAACAAAAGAAGCAUUUCAAGACAAGGGUUACCUUACAAAGGUCUACAAUAAAGUACAGUGACAAAAGGCCUAUGUAACCUUAUUAUUGGGCAUAAUUUAACGAUUAAUAAAGCCCAGGGAAUGUUCUUGAAAAUGGUCUUAUGUUUUGAGGUAAGCCACAUUUUUGGCGAAACCAUUCGAAACAGUUAACCUUUCAGUUUCAAAGGUUACAACAACAGAACAGACAUGAAGCAAAGAAUGUGAAGCGCGGAACUGAUGCAAACUUGACAAAUCUAUAUCUUUAAAACUAUGACUUAAUAGAACAUGUUGUUGAUCAACUUACUGAAUAAAGCCGUUCAAAGAGCAGAGAGACUCCCAAAAUGAUAACUGAAUUCUAGAGGUUGUUUUGAUAUUUUUUGCUUGACAUUAGGGGUGGCCAAUAUGACCAAAAUCUUAUAUCAUGAUAUGUCAAUUUAUACCAUGAUAACAAUAUAUAUUAUAAUAUAGUAUUUUUCUUUCUUUCUGGGAAAUCUACAAAAAUGGUUUAAUAUAUUAAAUAACCAUAUUGUAUUGUCUAUUUUGGUGAAAUCCGAUAGGGAAUUAAAUACUUUAUAUAUGAAAACUACUUCCUCUUAUAUAAAUUUCUUUUUAUUUGGAACUUGACAAACAAAAAAAAACAAUAAAUAAAUAAAUAAAUAAAUAUACACUCUGUUUUAAAUCAGACUUACCAUAAUUCUCAAUUUCACAUUAUGCCACGUUUCAGUUUUACGUGUUGUUGAACAAUAUUAUUAUUUUAAACCUUCCACAAGAAACUCAAGAUGAAACUAAUGAAACAAAGAAUUUUUUAUAAAAUAAAAAGUUAUUUGCCAGUUAGUGGAUGGGGAUUAUUAGGAAGCCAUGACUGAGAUGGGCCAAUGGGGGGAAUUUAGCCAGGACACCAGGGUUACACCCCUACUCUUUACAAGAAAUGCUCUAGGAUUUUUAAUGACCACAGAGAGUCAGGACCUUAGUUUAAGGUCUCAUCCAAAGGAUGGUGCCUUUUUACAGUAUAGUGUCCCCAUCACUAUACUGGGGCAUUAGGAACUACACAGACCGCAGGGUGAACACCCCCUGCUGGACUCCCUAAUACCCCUUCCAGCAGCAACCUUAGUUUCCCCAGGAGGUCUCCCAUCCAGGUACUGACCAGGUUCAACCCUGCUUAGCUUCAGUGGGCAACCAGUCUUGAGCUACAGGGUGAUAUGGCUAAACUAAUGCGAAGCGCAAUUUUUUGGCUUCCAUAAUAUAUUUUUUAGUGUGCUUCAUUUUGAGGUGGUAAAACAGAUUGCUUGUAUUACUACAAGUGAUUAUCGUUGCACGAAAGUUUGCAGUUUACAAUUUUCUGCUCCAUGGUGUCGAACCCUCAUGUUGUCUUCCACUCGUUUUGACUCGAAGAGAACAUUCUUUGCCUGAAAAUGCUAGUUAAUGUUAUCCUACUUGACUAAAACUUUCUGACUUUGCUCACACAAGGUAUCAAAAUUGGUUCUAUCUCAGAAUGGUUCUUACACAGGGGAUCAAAUUUUCCCCCCAAAUUUAAUUGUUUUUUUAGGUUUUGUUUUUUCACUUUGUUUUCACGUUUGGUUUUUUUGGUGCUCCCGGCUCAAAAAUUGCUUAUAAAUCUUUCAUUAUGGUAUAUUAUUACCAAAUAUUGGAUUAGAUUUUUUUGUCAAAAUGUUUUCUUUAAAUUAGCACAGAUUUUGAUCGUAGGCCUCACUGACCAUCGGUUUUUGAGUGAAAAAAGCAUUAUUUGUGUAUAAUUUUGGCUAUAUAUAUAUAUGAAAACAUUCUGUACUAUUUAUCAAACUAGUGUGCUUUAAUGUUUAAUUAGGAAGUUUAUUUUGAAAUGCUUUUAUUUUGUACAAAAUGGCACAAAUUCACACUUUUAGUGUUUCCGGUCAAAAAUGACCGGCCUAUUAAAAAGUGCUUAUAAAUCUCUCAUAAUGCUCUAUUAUCACCAAAUAUUGGACUAAAAGCAUUCUUUAUGGGUUAUUUUGACAAAAAUUAAUACCAUAAGAAAACAUCAUAAUUUUUGACCAGGAACACCCCAAGUGUGACUUUGUGCCAUUUUGUAUAAUAUAAAAUCUUUGAUGCACUAGUGUGAUUAAUAGAACAGAAUGUCACAUUUUUCACAUUUUAUUAAAUAUUGCCAAAAUUAUCCACAAAUAAUGCUUUUUUUGUUUUUUUACUAAAAAAUUAUGUGCAUAAGCUAAGAUCAAUGAGGUCUUUGAUCAAUAAAUUCCAAAAAGAAAUACAAAACCUGUCCUAACUGAACGAAAACAUGUUGAUAAAAAGAUCUAAUCCCAUAUUUGGUGAUAAUAUAGCAUAAUGAGAGAUUUAUAAGCUAUUUAUAUUAGGCCGGUCAUUUUUGACCAGGAACACCACAAGUGAGACUUUAUGCCAUUAUUUACUAAUAAAAGUGUUUCAAAACAAUCUUCCUAAUUAAACAUUAAAGCACACUAGUUUGAUAAAUAGUACAGAAUGUUUUAAUUUAUAUAUAUAUAUAUAUAUAUAUAUAUAUAAAUAUAUAUAGUCAAAAUUAUACACAAAUAAUGCUUUUUUUCACUCAAAAAUGAGGUGCAUAAGCUCAGGUCAAUGAGGCCUACGAUCAAUAAGUUCCAAAAAGAAAUACAAAACCUGUGCUAAUUGAAAGAAAACAACUUGACAAAAAGAUCUAAUCCAGUAUUUGGUAAUAAUAUAGCAUAAUGAGAGAUUUAAAAGCAAUUUUGAAUAAGCCGGUCAUUUUUGACCGGGAACACAAAAUUAGGUAAAAAAUUUAAAGACAGCACAAGGGUUAAAAAAAAAAAAGCUCCUCUUAAUUUUCUUCACAUUUCUAUCUAUGAUAUCAGCAAUAACUCAUCAAAUAAUGAUCAACUGAUGCAGAAGUACAGAUGCUGCAUCUUCCGCUAUAAAGCGCUCAGUAUCGGCCCACAAGAUCAGAAUUGCCGUGUGCAAAUUGCUUGUUGCUUGUCUGCAUAAUUCCUUGACAGUGCUUGCAUAUAACCUCUCAGUCUCAAGUGAAGCCCUGCCAACUGAUAGAUAUACUCAUGGUGUGCACAUGGAUGUUUACAUAUUGUGAAAUACAUGAUAUAGCAAAAUCUCUAUAGAUUAACACUUUAUAUCAUCGCCACGAUACAUAUCGUCAUGUUGCCCAGCCCUUCUUGAUAUGAAUGUUAUUUUGUGAAUGUUAUGUGUAAUUUUGAAAUAAGCAAGCAAAUAUUUUGUCUAACAACUGUUGUCAUAAUGGGAAAAAAUAGAGUGUCUAGGGUCUAUUUCUGUGGCGGAAAUGCCAGUGUUUUGGCGUGUCAGUCCAGGGCUUCGUCACUAUUUGCAGCCUGUACUGCAUCCACCUGUUUGUGUGCAAGUUCCAGCAACGCCCUCACAUCUCCAACUAAUGGAGCUGUCUGAAGGGCUUUGACCACUGCUGAGGGAUUGGGUACUAUCUUCAUGAGCUGCUCCUGAAAGAAAAAUCACAUGUUAGUUUGGCAUUAAUAAUUCUGCAUGUUGCACACAGGGUCCAAAAUUAACUUAAACUUUGCUUUCCAAACUUUAACCUUUAACAUUGCUUUUUUUCUCUUUUAUUUAACUUGUUUAUGUCAGAUAUCAAUUUUAAAAACAGCUAAAAUCAGACUAUUGCUCCACUCAUUGAUCUGACAUUGAAACUAUUAUGCUGCUAUUUUACAAGAAAAUUACUUUCCAACAAUUUUAGUUACUUGCUAGUCUCAUUUACCGCUUGGUGAAUGUUCAUUUUGUAUCCUGGUUUCAAACAUGUUCAGAUUAGCAUAAAUGCACUUGCACAACACUUGCAAGAAGUAGAUUGUUAAAUGUUGAAACUUCUUUUCUCGAAAAGGUUGUGACAAGCCCAUCUGUACAGUUUUGUUACUAUUCCAUAUAUGGUGAAGGCAAGUUUCUGAAGAUCAACACCCUUUUGUAUUUCUGGUCUCACUAUAGUAUGUAUAUGUCCAUGAAGAUGUGGUGACAAAUUUGUGAAAACCUCAUGUCUAUGAAUAAACAAUAAUACUGUCAAAAACCACAAGCUGGUCCAGUCUGAGA